ACUAAGUAGCGAGCUAGCGAGAGACUUGCCUACACUGCAAUCGGCGUUGAUCGAUGGCGUCCAAGGUCGAGCUGGUGGUGGAGGUGAAGUCGGCGGCGGACAAGCUGUGGACGGCGCUGCGUGAUUCGACGGAGCUGUUCCCCAAGAUCUUCCCCGAGCAGUACAAGAGCAUCGAGACCGUCGAGGGCGACGGCAAGUCCGUCGGCACCGUCCGCCUCCUCAAAUACGCCGAGGGGGUUCCGCUGGUGACGUUCGCCAAGGAGAAGGUGGAGGUGGCGGACGACGAGAAGAAGGUGGUGUCGUACAGCGUGGUGGACGGCGAGCUCGUGAGCUUCUACACCAACUUCAGGGUCACGGUGCAGGUCACCCCCAGCACCAAGGAAGGCGAAGGCGCGGUGGUGAACUGGACCAUGGUCUUCGACAAGGCCAGCGAGCAGGUGCCCGAGCCGGACGUCAUCAAGGAGACCGCCGCCAAGACCUUCCACGACCUCGACGACUACCUCCUCAAGAACUAGUGUCAAUCGUCGUUGCUUCCAUGCCGUCACCGUGUCCUCAACUCUCCUUGCUCUUGUUUAAGUGUUGCCUGAUCAAUCGUCGUGCGGCGAUCCACCCGUGUGCCUCUCUGCCUGCUCGA